UUCAUACGGUUGUUACGAUAGUGGAGCAAGUUUAUGACACGUUCUGUUGAUAGCUACAGACUAAGCGAUUUAUGCCGUACGGUUUAAGAAAAUGAUCCACGCGUUGAUUUUGUUUUCUUUGUGUUUUUGUCAUCUGCUUGGUGUUUUUGUUGCGGAGACAAAUGGAGUGAAGUCAUUGGCAGCGAUGGAGGGAGAUACUCUUAUUCUAGAAUCUAAUGUUACUGAAAUACAGACGUGUGAUGAGAUAGAGUGGACAUUUGGAAACAUUCGAAUAGCUAGAAUCAAAAGAGUGAGCGGUAUCUUCUCUACAUCUUAUGAAGAUGAUUUGAGAUUCAUAGACUCCAGACUUCAGCUCGAUAAUCAAACUGGAUCACUCACCAUCACUAACACUAGGUCUGUACACACUGGAGUUUAUGAUCUAACUAUCAUGGUCAGAAAUGUGCAGUCAAUCAAGAGUUACAGUGUUACUGUUUAUGCUCUGUUGCCCAUUCCUGUAAUCUUCAUUGACAUGUUACCAUCUUCUUCAUCAUCUGAAAGAUCAUCGAGGAUCUUCCUGUGUUCAGUGUUGAAUGCGAGUCAUGUGACUCUCUCCUGGUACAAAGGAAAUAGUUUAUUGUCCAGCAUCAGUGAGUCUGAUCUCAGCAUCAGUCUCUCUCUACCUCUGGAGGUGGAAUAUCAGGAUAAAAACACCUACAGCUGUGUGCUCAACAAUCCUAUCAGCAACCAGACUCAACAUUUGGACAUUACUGACUUCUAUUUGAGUUCAGGUGUGGUUGGUGUUGAGACAAAUGAAGUGAAGUCCGUUUCAGUGAAGAAGGGAGAUUCUAUAAUUCUACACUGUGAUGUUAACGGUAUACACACAUAUGAUGAGAUCGAGUGGAGUUUUGUAGAACUACGUAUAGCUAGAAUAAAGAAAGCAAUCAGGAAUGAUCCUCUAUAUGAUAAUGACGAAAGAUUCAGAGACAGACUGAAGCUGGAUCAGACUGGAUCUCUGACCAUCACAAACACCAGAAUCACAGACUCUGGACUUUAUCAAUUAACUAUCACUAUUAAGAAUCAGGAGACUAUCAAGAAAUUUAAUGUUAAUGUUUAUGCUCGUCUUCCUGUUCCUGUUAUCUCCAGAAACUCUUCACAUUGUUCAUCAUCGUCAUCAUCACAGCAGAAUUGUUCACUGGUGUGUUCAGUGGUGAAUGUGAGUCAUGUGACUCUCUCCUGGUACAAAGGAAACAGUUUAUUGUCCAGCAUCAGUGUGUCUGAUCUCAGCAUCAGUCUCUCUCUACCUCUGGAGGUGGAAUAUCAGGAGAAAAACACCUACAGCUGUGUGCUCAACAAUCCCAUCAGCAACGAGACCACACAUCUGGACAUCAGCAAACUCUGUCACACAUGUGCAGACUCUGUCCACUAUUGUGGCACUGCUGAAGUUGUGAUCCGAUUGGUCGUCUCUGCUCUGAUGGGUGUGGCUGCCGUGGCUGCCAUUGUUGUUCUGGUUUAUGACAUUAAAUCCAGAACAGGAGAGAAGAGAACUGACAUCAACUUAAGACAACGAUCAAUCAGAAAUUAAAAAUGUUAA